CUCCCUCUCACUUGAUGCCGAGUGUCACCCACUGGCCCCGCUCGUCGAUGCGGCCCAGCUGCUGCCACCCACCAAACUGACAGUCGUCAUUGCCCAAAUGGUCGUUGAAGCUCUUGUUGAUGGCCCCCUCCUCUAUGCCGUGUCGGGCCGCCUCGGCCAGCCGGGCCCUCUGCACCACCUCACGCACACCCACACGGCCCCGUGUGUGGACCACCUGGUGUGGGCGGCUGUCGGCCCUGAUGGCGAAGCACUGCAGCGGCACCCGCACCGUCACGCCGCCCACAUUGGCCGUCCCGCCCACCACCUCCCUGUUGCUGCUGGCAUACAGCGCCGACUUGAUGAAAUGGUCGACGGCCGCACACACACGGCGGGCCAUGUCGCUGUGCCGGAUGACGAUGUUGGCAGCGAUGGCCUCAUUGGCGGCGUCUUGGUCGAAGCACAUGGCGGCAAUCCGCCAGCCGAUGGCCUCUGCCUCGUGUGGGCCGUAGCCAUUGGGGGCGGGGAGGGCGGUGGGGGACGGACUGACCAGAGGUGUGCCGGGGGGCUGCAGCAGGUGGGGGAUGAGAGUGGGAAGGGACCUCAUCAGGAAGGCCGCCAGCGACCGCUGAGGGGCGAGGGCCGCAUUGACGGCCGCCAUCGCCCCGGUGUGGAUGUCGUUGAGCACUGUUGUGCACUGGGGCAGCACCAGCUGGCGGCAACGGCGGUCCUGCUCAGUGGCUGUGGACAUCCGGCCGAUGUCGGCACCGCUUCGCAGCAAGAUGCGGAUGGUAGCCUCGCCAGGGGGCAUCCUGCGGAUGGCUCGGUCCCUGGCGUCUUGCGGCUCGGUGACGUCUUGCGAUGCCUGAAUCAAUCCAUAGAGAUUGCAGGCGGCCACAACCAGCGGCGUCUCGUUGGGGUUGACCGUCGGCCCUCUGUUGAUGUCCGCUGCUGGCAGGUGGCGGCCGAGGUAGUCGGUCACACACGGAGAGCCCUGAGAUGCCGCCUCGUGCAGAGGGGUGAAAUAGUUGCCACUCACUGCCGUCAGACUCGCCCCGUUGUUCACGAGCAGCUCGAGAUACGAAUCGAUGAAGGCCUGCGAAUAGCUUCCUCCCUCGCUGCGGGCUGCACCGUGGAUCAGAUUGCCGUUCAAGUAUUGUUCGGUUGCGAGUGUGGCGUCAUACCGAAUGAGCCGCCGGUAGAUCGACAGCAGCCGCUCCUCAUAGGCGGGAGACACGAUUCUGCCGGUAAAGUAAAGGGACCAGGGCAGCUCCAUGACAGCGAGCAUUCCAUGACGGCGCACCGCAGCGCCGCGUGCCAAUAAGACCCUCACGGCACUCUCGUUGCCGCACCAGACUGCCACCUUGAUGGGCAAAGACCACUCGUCAAAGAUCAGUGGCGUGUUUAUGGCGGCACCUCCGUCGAUGAGGGCGUUAAUGAUGUCCGCCUCGAGCUCACGAGACGACCAAUGAGGAAAACGGACGGGCCGCGGAGGACCGCUGCUGUCUGCUUUGUGGGUCGACAGAGUGCCGUCGCUCAGAUUGUCGACAGCGAGCGAAAGCAGCCGAUACGGCCGUCCACGAGCGUCGCUGCCGCAUACACGCAGCCGGGGAAUACUGUCCGGGUCAGCACCAUCCUGUAUGAGUUGCGUGACCUGCUGCGGGUGAGUGAAGGUCCGAUGAGCGAUGCCCUCAGCCAGCCGUCGGGUCGCACCGCUGGUGCCGUUCACGUGCCCGAUCUCGAUGUCCUCGAGCCGCAGACAGUCAUCAAGCUGCUGGCUUUGCGCACUGGAGGCCAUCCCUCACGCCAUCAUUCUAAGCUGCAUGCAUUGUCACACACGAACAGCACACAGUGCCUCCCUCCUCUCUCUCUCUCUCUCUCUGUCCAUCCAUCCAUCCAUCCAUUCGCACCUCAUCAGUGAGUGGGCGAUGCGUCGAGGCAGUCUUCCUUGCCGUCGGUGAAGGGACACGUCGCAUAAGCGAGAUCGC